UGAAAGAGAGAAAUGGAAAAAGACAGAAACAGGAAGAAAGAGAGUCGAGAGAGGAGAGGAGAGAAAUUUGAAGAAACAGCAAAGGAAAAUUUCCAAUUUUGAUGUCUUCUCUUUUACUGUAUGUAAUGUGAGUCAUGUCACUUCCCAACACCUACCACUGAUAAUUCCAUGCCUUCUUCUUAUUAACCCCACCACUUGCCUCUCAGAAUUUCAUGUGCCUCAUCUUGUGUUCUCCACUUCCCUCCAACUGCACCACAACAGGGCCUGGUUAGUGCCAUUGCUGUGACCUCCUCCUUCAAGUGAUGAGAGGGGGUCUCAGAAGUUCACAUUUCAGGUUGGAAUCAGACACCCUUUUGAGCAAUUAAGAAAAGCCAGAAAGCAAAAUCUCAAAUUGGUAAGGUUUUGUCAAUGGGGUUGAACUUGUGGUGCUACAAUGGCUUCACAACCAAGAGGGUUUUGGGAGCAUAAGAGAUCUAGUGUUUAAGUUGCUUCAGGGUCUGAAAAAGGUGCUUGAGAGUUGGGACAAAUCUGUGAAGGAUUUGGGUUGUGAACAGCAGCAAAAUGGCAUCUGAUCUGAAUUCGGGGUUGUCCAAGAAAACAUUUGUUUUUGGAUUGAAAGUGUGGGUACUAAUGGGAAUAAUAGUUGGAUUAUUCAUCAUAAUCAUUCUCGUGGUGCUAUCAAUAUGUCUCACUUUACGAAAGAAGUUCAGAAGAGUCAAUGGCAAGCUUCCACUUAGCCAUGUGAUAUCUGUUUCAGACGAGAUCAAAGAAAUCAAAGUUGAUCAAGUUUCAGCAAAUAAUCAUCCUCAAAAUGGUGUUUUUAAGAGUCUGAAUGACAAAUUUGGUGACAGGGAGUCUGAAAAGGUUUUGAACCAAACAAUGAAUGGGGAUAAUAGUAGUCAAUCAGGUUCAUUUAAUCAUUUAGAGAAAGAUGCUAAUGGCUCUCAAUCAGGUGAAGACUGCUGUGUUAAGAGCAUUUCUGCUUACAGAUCUUCUUCACAUCCUAUAACCGCACCAUCCCCUUUGUCUGGUCUGCCUGAAUUCUCUCACCUUGGUUGGGGCCACUGGUUUACAUUGAGGGACCUGGAACUUGCAACAAACAGGUUUGCAAAAGAUAAUGUUAUUGGUGAAGGUGGGUAUGGAAUUGUUUAUCGUGGUCAAUUAAUCAAUGGGAAUCCUGUGGCCAUUAAGAAGCUCCUCAAUAAUUUAGGACAAGCUGAAAAAGAAUUCAGGGUGGAAGUUGAGGCUAUUGGUCAUGUGCGGCAUAAGAACUUGGUUCGACUUUUGGGCUAUUGCAUUGAAGGCACUCACAGGUUGUUGAUUUAUGAGUAUGUUAAUAAUGGAAAUUUAGAGCAGUGGCUUCAUGGAGCCAUGCGACAACAUGGCUUUCUUACUUGGGAUGCUCGGAUAAAAAUUCUCCUUGGAACAGCUAAAGCGCUGGCCUACUUGCAUGAGGCAAUUGAGCCAAAAGUUGUGCAUCGAGAUAUUAAGUCGAGCAAUAUUCUAAUUGAUGAGGACUUUAAUGCCAAAAUAUCGGACUUUGGGUUGGCUAAGUUACUUGGAGCUGGAAAAAGUCAUAUUACAACCAGAGUUAUGGGUACUUUUGGAUAUGUAGCUCCAGAAUAUGCCAAUUCUGGCUUGCUAAAUGAGAAGAGUGAUGUUUAUAGCUUUGGGGUAUUGCUCCUUGAAGCAAUUACAGGAAGAGACCCUGUGGAUUAUAGCCGACCAGCAGCUGAGGUAAAUUUGGUUGACUGGCUCAAGAUGAUGGUGGGGUGUCGAUGCUCAGAAGAGGUGUUGGAUCCUAACAUUGAAACUAGGCCAUCGACAAGUACCCUUAAGCGUGCCCUCUUGACUGCUUUGAGGUGCGUUGAUCCAGAUGCUGAAAAAAGACCAAGGAUGAGCCAAGUUGUUCGCAUGCUUGAAUCAGAGGAAUAUCCUAUACCGCGAGAGGAUCGAAGACGCCGAAGGAGUCAGGCAGGAAACAUGGAGGUAGAGACUCAUAGGGAGAACUCUGAUACUGAUAAGAGCGACAAUCCAGAUUAUAAGCCCAGUGGCUUAAGGAACCAACGCGUGUAGCGCCAGUGAUCUCAAAGAAUUUCCAGAAUGAAGAACACAAGUGAACUGGGAAAUUUUUCAUUCUUUUGAGCUUCUGUAAGUUCUGAUGCCUUCCACUUUUUACAUGAAAAACAUGGAGCCGGAACCAGUUACUUUGGGGUGGUUUAAAUAUAACUGUCGUUAUAGCUUAGUUGUAGAUGUUAGAAUGUAGAUUAUCGUGUCUGAAUAUGGGAUUGAACAGCUCCCUUGUACUAAUUGUGGUGUGUACAGUUCAUUACUAUUCUUUCCUUUUGUCCUUUCAUUUGUUUCAUUGUCAUGGAGGAACACCUGCACUUGCUUUCUGGAAGAUCAGAAAAAGAUAAUUGCAGUGCAAGAAUUUCUUUUCC